CUGAAGUACAAUCAAGUUCAAGUGUCGCAAUCUUCAAAAUCACGGCGAUCGAUUAGCGCGAAUGAAUGCGACGAGAAGAAUCCUUGUCAGGUAGAUAUCUCUGGCGGUAAGAAUAAUAUUCGAUUAGAUGGUCUUAAGCCUUAUACUCGAUACAGUGUCGCAAUACGUGGUUACAACAGCGGUGGCCUGGGCCCUUUGAGUAGUAUAGCAGUGUCCACGGACCACGGGAAGCCUGGAAGAAUUGACAAUGUUACAUCGACGCCGUAUGCUAAAUUUAUCAAACUGGAAUGGUCGGAACCAAGCCGACCAAACGGCCUCAUCACUGGUUAUAAUGUUUCCAUCGAUAAAGAUGCACAGCCCAGGUAUGCCGUUCUAGACGGUGCCGCUAGGAAGUACGUCUUUGCUGGUCUGAUGCCUGAGAAAGACUAUGUUAUGUACAUUCAAGCCAAAACUAAGGCUGGUUUUGGAGUCAGACGGCGUGUCAUGGAUACCACGAAGUCUCCUCAAGGUAGGUACAGUAUUUGUGCGUGAGAUUGGGUAUUAUGUAUUUAUGUAGAACUAUUAUUCAGCAGAUUGAGAUGUCAACAAAAUCUUGAUAUUGCUUCGCAACCUAUACACGGCGGUACCCUAGUAUAUGUACAUGAACUUGUGGUUAGAGCUCGACAACUGGACUCUCUACAGUAGCCCAGUUGGUUUGAGCGCUGCACAGCGCUGCACAUUCUAUAUCUAUUAUUUCUAUGGCAUCAACAUGCACUUUAUAUAUCUUUUCGGAGAACAGUUUAGUAGAGCAGCUUAGGUGUGUUCCUGUAGUAACACUAGAUCAAUAUAAGAUGAUACUUGCUCACAACAAAGAACAAUUAUAAUUGAUAGAGCUAUAUCCAAUGUAAAUAAUACUGGACCAUAAGGGAUGACCCUAACUGACGGUCUAAUGUCUAACGCUGGAUCAAUAAGGGAUGAUCCUUGCUUAGGCCUGGUUUCCAUAUGGUCGUAAUUGUCGCGAACGUGUUGUAAUUGUCGUCAGAGUAGUGUUCUCGACCAAAUGGAGACAUGAAGAAAAGUCUUGUCGCGACACGCUGGCAACAGUUCACGACAGUUACAACAGUGUCGUCGAGAUAGACUCGAGUUCCAUCUCGGCGACAGUUACGACAGCCUCGUGUCGUGACGGUUAUGUUUUAAUGGAAACAGAAACACGACAGUGUGGCGACAAUCAGGCGGGGGGGGAGACAAAGUUCCCCUUUGGUGGGACAGUACGUGUUUGUGUUUUUACAACUGUCGCCAGCUGCUUGUACGAUCCCUGGGUACGAAAUUAACUUGCGACAGUUGCAACGAUAAGGAAACAAGCAUAAAAAGUAAUUCACGACGAACACUUGGCGACACGUUCGCGACAGUUACGCGACCAUAUUGAAACCAGACUUAAACCUCUAGGGAGAACUGAUCAAGCUAUCCAGUAGAAAUAAAGUUAGUGCAGCUUGCCUUUGUAUUCACUAGACAAUAUUAAAUGUUUCAAUAUUGAAUGUUUCAAUAUUUUCAGCUCCUGCAAAACCUAAGGCUCCAGUGCUCAAGGGCUUCGGAGAAAACGGAGUCAAUGUGACAUUCCAAGAAGGAAAGCCGGAGAAAGGAUUCCCGGAAAAAUUCAUUGUUCUCUAUCGCGUUAAAGGUUUGUGAUUAAAAUAUGCCAUAUCUUAUACCAUAAACAGCUAAUACAGGGUGUAUAUUUAAAAAGUAAUCCAAUUUUGACAUAUUUUCCUGCGUUAGUUAAUAUUAUUAUACAUUGUAGUUGGCAAAAGUAAUUUGAUUGGUUAAUAGCUUACAGUUAAAUCGCGCAAUCACGCAACCUACACAAAAUUCAGUUAUCUGCUAGCAUGCAGAUAACUGAGUUAUCUGCAAAUGAGCCUGCGAUGAUUAGCAAGCGGUAUCUAUUUAACACAAACAAAGCAAAAUUUUGAACAAACGUAGAAAAAAUGUGAGUAUGGAUAGGUUUUCAUAAAUAAAGUUUUUCAUGCGUUAAUACUAUGUUUAUUCUUCUUCAAAUUAUCAAAAUUAUCAAAGUCUCGGUAAGCGUCGAUUAUUCCGCAUAUCACAAAAACCUCAUCCAAUAAUUGUUAAUUAUUCAUCAAUACGUUAGUUGUCACCUUUAUGAAAUGAUUGCGAUAAAUAAUGACCAACUGCGAUCUGAUAUAAAGUGAUCCAAAGUUAAAUUACCUUUUUCUUAUACACCUCGUAUAAGAGUAAUGGACCUUGUAAUGGACCGAUGACCUUCAGUUCAGUUUUGGUACAAAAAACAAAGGAAAACUAAUUUGCAAUGGACCAUUUGCAUUAUAGAUUAAAUUUUGAUCUAAACAAGUCUAGACAAAAAUUUCAUCACAGCUUGAAAGAGCAUCACAAAAUUAGUAAUAUUCCAGGUAACAAUCUCACUGACAACUUGUCAACAAGAUGUGUUCGCAACAGGUUUGUAGCAAGCUUGUCAACAAGUUGUAACAAUGCUGUUAUUUAAUCAAGUUGCUACAAGGUCGUCACUCACAACUUGUUGACAAAUUGCUGAAUAUAAUGGACCUUUCACCUUUUGACUACAAUUUAGAUCUCAACAAGUCUAAACAAACAUUUUAUCACAGCUUGAAAGAGCAUCACAAAAUUAGUAAUAUUCCAAAGUUUCGUUGCGAAAUGUUGUAAAAUGCGGAUAAUAUAGCCUUGCGAAAUUUGCAAUUUUCAGUCAUUUUGUAUUGAUGCCCCAACACCCGAUUGGGCUGUCAAUUUCCCGUGCGUAAUACAAAAUGACUGAAAAACGGCAAAUUUCGCAAGGCUAUAUUAUCCGCAUUUUACAACAUUUCGCAACGAAACUUUGGAAUAUUACUAAUUUUGUGAUGUUCUUUCAAGCUGUGAUGAAAUUUUUCUCUAGAUCAAAAUUCAGUCUAUAAUGCAAAUGGUCCAUUCACCUAAUGACAUCAUAUCCGGAAACUUUGACAGUGAAAAAGUUGAUAAAGAUUGGAUUUUUUACUAUAAAGAUAUAUUACAUUUCUUUUUCGAAUGACCCAAAUAUUACACAUACCAAAAUCAUAUUAGUGGUUAGUCGCACUUAGGUUAGUUAGUCCUGGACUAGGGUACAUUUUGAUUUACGUCGGACAAAGUUACAGUUGGGUCGGACACCAGUACUCUCUGGCCGGAUAAACAAUAAGCCACAGAACAUAACAUAUAUAUGUAGUUUCACUAACAAUUCCGUGUAAUUUAGGUGAAAAUGGCAAGUGGAAAGAAACGAAGGCUGUUGACGUGCUAUUCGGACCAAACGGCGAACCUCGCAGCAAGCCCUACGUGGAAAUAUAUGAUCUGGAUAAAAACAAGGAAUAUGAAAUGGCUACAAUCGCUGUGAACGAGGAAGGCCGGAGUGUUGAGAGCGAUAUUCAAAUUGUGAAACCUGGAGAAGGUGUCGCUCGUAAGUAUUUUUCUGAAGCAAUAUUGGCCCUUUAUCUUGCUUCUACCAUGUCGUGAGUAGAACUGAUAGAGCUAUCCAGUAUAGAUGAUGUUAGUUUAGUUUAUAUUUCCCCUGUAGUAACACUGGAUCAAUAAGAGAUGAUCCUUACUGGACCACUAUAGGGAGAACAGUUUAGAACUGACAGAGCUAGUAAUUAAUAUAUCCAGUAUAAAUAAAGUUAGUUUAGUUUAUGUUUCCUUCCAUAGUAACACUGGAUCAAUAAGAGAUGACUCUUACAGUCCUACUGCACCUUUAGGAAGAACAUUUUAGGACUGACAGAGCUAUCCAAUAUAAUUAGUUUAGUUCAGGUUUCUUCCUGUAGACUGUAGUAACACUGGAUCAAUAAGAGAUGACCCUUACUGGACCUCUAGGAAGAACAGUUUAGAAACUGAUAGAGCUAGCCAGUAUAAAUAAAGUUAGUUAGUUUAGGUUUCCUCCUGUAGUAACACCGGAUCAAUAAGAGAUGACCCUUACUGAACCUCUAGGAAGAACAGUUUAGAUCUGGUAAAGCUAUAUCCAGUAUAAAUAAAGUUAGUCCAUUUGGUUUGUCCAAUGUCAGGGUAACUUGAUACUUACACAAGUUAACGUUCGUUCAACUUUUUCAUAUUUUAGCAAAGGCUCAAAACAACAAUCCUGUUUACAAGCGAUCCUGGUUUGUGGCAAUUGUGGUUAUCGUUUGUUUCCUUCUCAUAAUUCUUCUCAUUGCUUUGUUGGUGACCAGGAAGAGAGGCGAGAGAUAUCCUGGUUAGUAUUUGAUACGUUUCAUCUUUUUAACAGCUGACGUUUUCACGUCUUAAACCUUUGUAAUACAUAUACCUUACUGAACUGAACUGAACUGAACUGAACUGAACUGAACUGAACUGAACUGAACUUCAUUUUUUCUCGAAUAUUUUCAAUAGUUGGGAAACGUGAGAAGAAGAGAGCUGGAAUUCUGGACGUUGGGGAGGAACCUGAUUACAAUAACGCAUACCCAAUGAAACCAGCAAGGUACGAUUGGUGUCAGAUGGGCACUUUUGUAUAAUAAUAUUUAAGAACAUGUGCUACCUCUGUAUGAUCUAACCAUGCUUAACUCAGCAGUGAGUUUUGUACAACAUCAGAUCACUUUAAGGCAACCCACAUUCAAGAACAUGUACUACCUCUGCAUGAUCUAACCAUGUUUAACUCAGCAGUGAGUUCUCUACAACAUCAGAUCACUUUAAGGCAACCCACAUUCAAGAACAUGUACUACCUCUGCAUGAUCUAACCAUGCUUAACUCAGCAGUGAGUUCUGUACGACAUCACAUCACUUUAAGGUAGCCCACAUUCAUGAACAUGUACCAAAAAUAUGAAAGCACUGGUAUUUUGUAGUCUUAUAAAUGAAGCAAAUUUGUAUGAAAUGGUAAUAUGGUAGCAACCUGAAUUAGCCCGCUGCGAAUAUGUCGUGCUGUGUCCUCUGCCAUUGAGUGUCACCUGACUUAAAUGCGAUCUUUUCCCCCUAGACAAAAUGGUAAUGGUGUAAACAGACAAGACAGUGGAGGAUCACUUCCAAACAGAGACCCAGAUCGCGACAGUCUGGAUGAGUACGGCGAAGAUCGCUUUGAUGAAGAUGCAGCUUCUUUAAUCGGUGCUUACAACGAUGAUCGAAGACCUAACAAGACUGUUGAAGAACCGGAAUUUGUCUAA